UAAUAAAUAAUAUGACAAAGUCAGGUAAAAUAGGAGAAAAAAAUAAUAAUAUAAUUGAAGAUAAUUUAAAAAGCAAUAUGAACAAGUUAGGUAAUGUAAUUGAAAAAUGUAUUCUAGAAAUGGAGAAGAAUAUAUCCACGAGACAUUGGGAAAAUAUUAAAAAGAAUUGUAUAAAUGUUCAAGAAAAAGAGAAAAAUAUAAGAAACAUAGAAAGGAUUGAAAGUAUUGGAAAGAUGGAAAGGAUUGAAAGGAUUGAAAAUAUUGGAAAGAUUGAUGAAAUACUAGAAGAAAAAUGUAUAAGCUUCAAUGUAGAACCUUAUGAAGAAAAGAAUUAUGAGGAAAAAAGUAAAAUAUUUAACAGGUCGAAUUUUCAGAAUAAUAAAAUUAUAAACCAAUGUAUAGACAAUGAAAAUGGAAAAGAUGAAAAAAAGAGUGACAACCAAAAUGAAGAAAUAUGGUAUAACGGAUUAACAUUAGAAGAAAUAUAUAAAAAUUCGUAUACAAGAAACUCAAUAGAAUACAUUCCAUAUAUUGACGAUGAGGAAUAUAGUUCAUUAGAUGAACUGGAUAAAAAAAAUAAUGAUUUUGAAAUCGAUGAUAUAUUUUAUAAAGGUUUGACAUUAGAAGAGAUAUAUAAAAAUGCGUAUACAAGAAAUUCUAUAGAAUACAUUCCAUAUAUUGACGAAGAAGCAUAUAGUUCUAUGGAUGAAUUUUAUAAACAUAAUAAUAAUAAAAGAAAAAAAUAA